GACGGAAGAGGAAUCCGGAACGUUAGCUCACCGGCGGCACCACCAGCACCAGCACCAGCACCACGGCCUUGACAGUCAUCAGGAGUAAGGUAAGGCACUAUAUAACACAUGCCUGCCGCUGCUUCGUCCUCAGUUGUGCAGCCUGGCCGACACAUUCACAAGCUGCCCACCUCCACCAUCACACAAACAUCACCGCCACCAUGCACGCCCUCCACCACGCCCUCGCCUCCCUUCCCUUCGUGUUCCUCUUCGUCACACUAGCGGCCCAGGUCACAGCACUUAUCAACGUGGCCGGCGUGCCCUGCGGCGUGGCCACCCAACGGACGGGCAAGAUCAAGGGCGGCUCCGUGGCUCGCCCUGGGGAGUUCCCGUGGCUGGUCUCCAUCAGGACGAGCGGCCCCUCCAGCGGACAUUAUUGUGGCGGCGCGCUGAUACAUAAAAAAUUCGUGCUGACUGCGGCCCACUGCGUCUACAGGAGCCAGCCCAAGCGCGUAUCAGUGGUGGCCGGAGAACAUGACCUGGACGCCAAGAACCCCCAGCGCCAGCUCCUGAGCGUGAAGGAGGUCAUUUUCCACGCCAACUUCUCAAAGCGCUACAUCAACGACAUCGCCCUGCUGGAGUUGGCCACAGAGGCGCAGUGGACCAAGCAGGUGCAGCCCUUGUGUCUCCCCGAUCGCGAGGCUGACGGCGUGAAGGAGCUUAUGGACCUGACGGUGGCGGGCUGGGGCAAGACCGACGAGCUGGCCAACGGCGGCGUCUCAGCUCGCGUUCUGCAGAAGGUGGUGAUCCGCGUGCUGGCCCGCAAUCAGUGUCAGCAGUGGUACAGCACCGAGGCGGGCCAGCAGGUGCAGCUCUUCGACUCCCACCUGUGUGCCGGCUACGAGAACGGCGAGAAGGAUGCGUGCCAGGGUGACAGCGGCGGCCCCCUCCUCACCACUCCCGACGCUGCAGGCCGCCGUACCUGCGUCGGGGUGGUGUCGGCGGGCAUCGGGUGUGGGCGCCCGCACCUUCCCGGCCUGUACACCCGCGUCUCCAGAUACAUUGACUGGAUCCUGGACCACAUGAAAGCCAGGGGCGUGUCCGUGGGUGUCUAGGGGACGAGGAGGAACUAGUGCAGCACGUAUGGCCUCACGAAGAGGAAGUCAACCCUGGGAAGUCAACCCCAGCACCAGACAGCAUGGAGGCCCACGGCCCACGGAAUAAUGUUUCAAGAAACACCAAGACACUGUUCAUAUCAUGGCUGGGAAUGGUAUACAAGUAGCAUUUGGAGCUUCCCACGACACAAAAAGUAAUUCUGUUUCAAAGAACACUAAGACACAAAUUAAAUAAUGCCUGGGAAACGGUACAAACAACAUUUAUAGAUUUCCACAACACAAAAGAGUGAAAACCUUCAGUCAUUAGUACCAGGCAAAUUGGAGGAUCAUGACUCUGCAGUAUUUAACGAAACGUCAAGCAACAUUCAAAUCACCAAGGAAAGGAUACAUUACGGCAUAUAGAUCUCCCCGCUGAGGAACCACAAUCUUGGGAGUGACCAUAUUGGUCGACAACAUGGAGGAUUUCGGGUCACCUGAAUGCACAGAACCAGGGAAGGCUUGAAUCACUGGAGAAGCCUCAAGCAUUGGGAACACGUGCAGUUAUGACGAACAAGAGGAAAUGAAGCUCACGAGACGGACUGGACUCUUGUAAAAAGCAGUGUUAUGCUCGUGGUCGACUGAUGAUCUCAUAUUAUUAAUCCUUUUUUCCUCUUGUAAAAAAAUGCCCCAUAAUUUGGUAUUAGUCGCGAUCGACUGGUGAUCUCAUAAGAUUAAGCUCUCUCUUUCCUUAUCUUGUAUAAAGCGCCCUACUUUGGUUUCAUUUCGUGGUGGACUGAUGAUCUCAUAAUCUUAGUAGGACACGUCAAGUGUGUAUAAACUUGUGCAGCCGGGAGUGUUCACGUGUAAAUGUUUAUAUACACAUGUAUGAUGAAGUCACAAAAAUGUGAGGGAUUUUGCAUAUAUGUGUGUGUGUGUGUGUGUGUGUGUGUGUGUGUGUGUGUGUGUGUGUGUGUGUGUGUGUGUGUGUGUGUGUGUGUGUGUGUUCUUUUAAACAAUGAAAAGAAGAAUUCGUGUUUGACUAUUCCGUCUGCUCAGGCUGAAAACGUUGACUUAUUUGUGAAAAUGUUUAUUUAUCACAAAAAAUGAAUAAAUGUACUAUUCAAAUGAUGCCA